AAGAGUUUUGUCGAGUUAGUCAGAGUUCCCCGAGACUAUGUUGAACCAGAAACAAAAAGGUCGCGGCCGUGGAUAUCAAGCGUGAGAAAUUUCCAAUUGCGGUCAAUUGCGGUUGUGCAAGUGUUGCGAAUUGGGACGCCUUCGACGUCGUUGUUACGGCUGCUGUUAGUCCACUGUUAACUGCAGCUGCACCUCGCCAGCGAUGCCGCGGCCACUUGUCUGCCUAUUCCUUUGUCUCUUAUCGCCCGUAGAUCUUCAGGAGGCAGUGGAAGGAGAAUGUUGUAAAGAGGAGGGAGACAAUCCGAGCACGGAUGUGGAAUUGCAAGAUGUAGACUUGCAGGAAGCUUGCCCUGAGCUAAGCGGGCAGAUCAUCGGCGGCAGACCCAGCUCUGUAACGAGGCACCCCUAUCAGGUGUCCAUGGUGAUGAAUGGUAACUCCUUCUGUGGAGGUUUCAUCAUCAGUCCAGAUUACGUGCUGACAGCGGCCCACUGCGUUCAAAAUACCGCGGCGGGCGCGAUCCGGCUGCGCGUGGGCAGCACGCGGCGGGACUCGGGCGGGCGCAUCGUGAACGUGGCCAACGUGACCGUGCACGCGCAGUACGGCAGACCGCGCUUCGACAACGACAUAGCCGCGUUGCGUCUGGCGCGUCCGCUCGUCUUCAGCAACGCAGUGCGCGCCAUCCGCCUCCCGCAGCCGCGCCAGCCCGUGCCCCUCGUCCGCCUCACCGUCACCGGAUGGGGGCUUACUGCUCCGCGCGGACGACGCAUCCCGCGGACAAUGAUGGAGGCGCGGGUGCCCGUGGUGCCGCACUGGCUGUGCCGCCUCUCGUACGGCGACGCGCUCACCGACAACAUGUUCUGCGGCGGACACUUCCUCAUAGGCGGCGUCUCCUCUUGCCAGGGUGACUCCGGCGGACCGGCGGUGUUCCGCGGCACGGCGUACGGCGUGGUGUCGUUCGCGCGAGGCUGCGCGCUGCCGCUCUCGCCCACCGUCUUCACCAAUCUCGCCGCGCUCAGGGAUUGGGUCUCGCAGAACACAGGAGUCUGACGCUGGACCAAAUUCAACUAUAUCUC